AUGGCCAGAAUAUCCACUGGUUCAAGUCGACCUCAACCUCAAUCGAGUGCUGCUUUAAGACGACAACGAGAACGACAACCAGAACGAGAAGAUCGAAGAAAUCAAGCAACGAUUGGGAAUACAUUUGUCAGUGGAUCAUCAUCUGCAUCCCUUGCCACACGACCAUCAACAUCGACAACUAAUCGACAAUUACAAACUGGACUUUAUAGAAAUCAACCUGGAGAUGACACGCCCAAUAGAGCAAGAUCAAGUGGAAGUAAUACAACUACCGUUAGGAAAAGACGAUAUAAACCUGGUACCAAUGCCUUAAGAGAAAUAAGACAAUAUCAAAAAUCUACUGAUUUAUUAUUAAGAAAAUUACCAUUUGCAAGAUUAGUUAAAGAAGUUGCUGAGAAUUAUAUUGGAGCUGAUUAUGGAAUAAGAUGGCAAUCAAAUGCGGUAUUAGCUUUACAAGAAGCUUGUGAAGCAUUUUUAAUUCAUUUAUUAGAAGAUACUAAUCUUUGUGCUAUUCAUGCUAAACGAGUUACUAUUAUGCAAAAGGAUAUUCAAUUAGCAAGAAGAAUUAGAGGAGGUCAAUUGUAA